GCGAACGCCACAUUGCUCGGCGUUGGCCGACGCGUAGCGUAGUGUGCGCGUGACGUUUCCCCGGUGAAAACGUUCGAGUCGAUGACACGACGGGGCUGAACUUGUCUGUCUUGUCGCGUUCGUCGUACAGUGAGCACUCCUCCUCGAUAGCAAAAUGGUCGCGGUGAAGGGACGCAAGAACUCGAGCAAGAAUCCACCGAUAUUCAGCCACGAAUUCGUCAUACAGAACCAUGCGGACAUCGUCUCCUGCGUUGCGAUGGUCUUCGUGGUGGGCUUGAUGGUGCAGGUUACCUCAUCAUGGGCGUACACUUUCAUUGCCAUGCACCAUAAUGUGACCAACCCCAUUGAAGAUCCAACGACUGUACUGAAGUAUACUACAGGGUGGAAAGAUGCAUGCGCAGUGUUCUUUUACUUUUUGAUAACUAUCAUAAUGCACGCUGUGCUCCAGGAAUAUAUAUUUGAUAAAAUUUCCAAACGACUCCAUCUCAGCAAGGCAAAACUCUUCAAAUUCAACGAGUCCAGCCAAUUGAUUGUCUUUUAUAUAGUGUUCAGCUUUUGGGCCAUUGACAUUAUAAUCAGGGAGAAUAUACUCUUGAAUCUACCAGCUUUAUGGAAGGAAUACCCAAUGCCAAUGACCUUCUCCUUGAAGCUGUUUUUCAUUUGUCAGCUCGCCUAUUGGUUGCACUGUUACCCUGAACUCUACUUUCAACGAGUUAAGAAAGAAGAUAUCCCACUGCGUGUUCUUUACGCGACCAUCGCAUUGUUCUUCACAUCUUUGAUUUAUUUCUUCAACUUCCAACAGCUCGGCGUGAUCUUGCUGACUCUGCAUUUUAUGGGAGACGCCUUGCUGCAUGGAGCUAGACUGACCCACUUCAUUAGUCAGAAGGAGAAACCGUCGAGACUGUCCUUCCUCAUUGCCAAUUCGACAUACGUGUUUGCCCGCGUCGCUACCAUCGUUUUGUCAGCUGUGGUGUUUAUAUACGGCUUGAGACAGCAGGAAAACAAAUUCGACUACGCCACCGGCAACUUCAACAUCCCCGCUGUGCAGUACACGGCAAUAUCCGUCAUCUCGUUCUCCCAAGGCUACCUGCUGUAUCUCCUCAUCGCGAAGCAACUCAAGCGUGCACGUGAGAACGCCGUACCAGUUGUCGUGAAGACAAAGCCGAAGCAAAAGUCGAGAAAACGAGAAGGCAAGAAAUCUGCCCAGUCCGAGGACGACGAGCUCCCGGAAGUGGAUCAGGCGACGAAGAAGAAUUUGAGGAAUCGUCCGUCGGCUAAAGCAAAAUAGAUGUCUAAUAAAUUAGAGAAAUCAUCCUAAGGCCGAUCGGAUAUUCGAUCCUAUCCGUCUGUAUGUCAUGAAUGCGUCUGAAUGUGUCCGAGAACGCAAUCGUAAUGCAGGAAUUUCGAAGCUUCCAUACAUAGUCGCUACUGACUCAGAGUCACGUCGUGCAAGAUGUGCUGAGGUAUCCGAUACUCGGCUUCAUAGGAAAAUGUAUAGACGGAGCGGUGGGGUUCUUAUCGUUAAGCGUGUCACGAAAGCGGUAGGUACGGGGAUCCGCCAUAAUAACGAGUGUAUUCUUGUUUCACCUGUUUUUUUCUUUUUCUUUUUUUUUUCUUAACUUUUUACAAUCUUUCUGCAAUUGUCUCGCUGUCGUACGGAUUUUAGAUAAACGUUGCACAUAUUCUUAUACAAUCGUGCGAAAUUAUUGAUAUGCAUUUUGCAGUAAAUUGUGUUUUUAAGCACGUUACGUAUAUUUUCUAGGUACGUAAACGUGCGCAUUAUAUUUAUGGAGUAAUUGACAGAAAAUUUAUUUACAGUUGAUACUUAUAUUAUUUUGUUUUUAGUUAAAAUUCACGGGUUUUUCUUUUGCACGUGGCUUUCUUCUAAUGAAUUUAGGGUUAAUUGAUUAGAGAGUAAGUAGUCGAAUAAAUUUAUUAUACUAAUAUGUAUAUAUAUAUAUAUAUAUAUUAUACAUAUAUAUACACGAAGUUGCAAAAGAGGGAGAAAAUAUAGACGAUAUAUCGCACGAAAUGAUAUUCUGGACCAUAAAUGUGUUAUAAGAAUUAUGUCAUAGAAAUAUACAUAUCUUAUUAUGGAA